AUGAACCUGCUUCUCGCCUAUUCUGCUGCUCAUCGAGCCAGAAUGCUCAGACACCCUGAGCCUAACAAUCGCAUCGCCCUGUGGGUCCGCGACGUUUUCCCCAAGCUGCGUCAAACCCUAGUGGAAAACCCUAAUGAUGUAUCCGACAACACGCUAGCCGUCGUGAUCAUGAUGGCAAGCGUUGAGAUUAUAUGCUCGGGCACGUUCGAAGUACCCAUUUCAUGGCAAGAUCAUCUCACCAUGGCACGGCAGAUGAUCAGCGCUCGGGGUCCACCACUCGGCACAAGUCGCAAGGAUCAUGUAGCAUACUUCCUCUCCAGAUGGUUCGCAUAUCUGGACGUUAUCGGCUCGCUCAGCGGGGGUAAGACUGAUAUGCCAGCGUCAUAUUGGUCUGCUCAAACCCCUGAGACUGACGAGGACUUUGAAAUUGACUGUCUGAAUGGCUUCACUACACGGUGCAUCGGCAGCUUAGCCCGCAUAUCUGAUCUCGCGAAGAUUUGCGAGCCGCAACGCAUUGAUCCAGAUGGCAACAUACGAGCCGAUUGGAAGCCAGGACCGGAUAUUGUGCGACAAGCGGUUCAGAUCCGUCGAGAAUUGGAAGAAGGCCUACUGGAAAGGAAUAUACGGAAGGGAUGUAAUCAUCGAUCUGACGCGUCUACAGAGUCCGAAGGCGCUUGGGACGCGACGGAAAUCUUCGCCACGAACGAAUUGUUCCACUGGGCUGGACUCAUACACCUGUACCGCAGGGUCCUCGGAAAACCCGCGUCCGAUAUCGAGGUCCAGCAUGCCGUGGGCGAAAUCGUGGGCCUGCUGUACAAGAUCCGACAAGGAAGUACGGCGGAAGCGUGCAUCAUUUUUCCCAUGUUUGCGGCUGGUUGCGAUUCCGAGGACCAGGUGCAGAGAGACACGAUUAUGGAGAGGUUGAAGAGCGUCGAGGGCUUUGGCAUGACAAACACGCCCAAGGUCGCGACGCUGCUGCAGACCGUGUGGGAUACUGGCAAGCCAUGGGAGAGCCUUGUCAGCGGCGAGUUUUUCGGUUGA